CGGCGUAGGCAGAGUACCGCACCAGUCAGGACUGAUCGAUUUUUGCGUUUUGUGGAUGAUGGCGGGUGCUUAUAACUGGCCUCCUUCCGCUCACCGUCUUCCUCCCUCAGAACACUCCUCCUAGCCAUUCCUUAAGCCUUAGCAGUCGGUCCCCUGAAAUGUCUGAAGGAUGUGGUGCAGUCGAUGCUGAAGAUCAUCAGCUCAUGGGUCUCCGAAUUGCCUCCAUCUUCAUCAUCGGUGCUGGCUCUUCCUUUGGCGCCCUUUUCCCAGUUCUGGCCAGAAGAUCAAAGUUUUUGAAGGUUCCUCGAGCUUUAUUUGAUUUUGCAAAGUACUUUGGAUCUGGGGUCAUCAUUGCAACUGCCUUCAUCCACCUUCUCGCACCCGCACUCGAAGCUUUUGAGUCGCCGUGUCUAGCGGAAGGAUGGUCGGAUUAUCCAUAUGCCUUAGCCUUGUGUAUGCUGAGCAUUUUCCUUCUCUUCGUCGUCGAAGUUAUCGCGUUCCGCUGGGGUACAGCGAAACUAUCAAAACUGGGGAUGCGAUAUGACACGCAUGGCCAUGACGCAGGUGGUUCCCAUGCUGCACAUGGUCCCGAAGAUGACUCUAAUCGCGGCAUCGAUUUAUCGGCCAACGAGCACUCAUCAGACCUCGAGAAAUCACCCUCCCCGGUUUCCUCGCCACAGACCCCCCACUCUGUCGCGGACAACCCCCUUACUCAAAUUAUCGGAAUAGCCAUCCUUGAGUUUGGCAUCGUUUUGCAUAGCGUACUCAUCGGAUUAGCAUUGGCGGUCGACGAAGAGUUCAAAAUUCUUUUCAUUGUCUUGGUUUUCCACCAAACAUUCGAGGGGUUGGGUAUCGGUACACGCCUCGCAUUCCUAAAUCUCCCUCCUUCCUACAACUACGUACCCAUCCUCGCAGCAAUCUUGUAUGGCCUCACGACACCUAUAGGUAUUGCUGUGGGACUAGGGGUCCGCAAGACAUAUAGCCCGGAAACUGCGACUGCGAAGAUUGUAGCAGGCACUUUGGAUUCGUUGAGUGCAGGAAUCUUGAUUUAUACAGGUUUAAUUGAGCUCCUGGCCCAUGAAUUCUUAUUUAACAAGGAGAUGAUGAAUGCUUCAAACAAAAAGUUGGCCUAUGCGUUAGGUUGCAUGCUGCUUGGUUGGGGCAUCAUGUCGUUGUUGGGAAGGUGGGCAUGAUACGCUCCCUGAAAAAUCACGCUGUGUACGAUAUGGAAUGUGGCACCUCUUCAUAGUAUUUAGCUGAACGGACGCAAAAUGUUUAUCAAGUAAUUGUAGUUAUUACUAGCAGAUAAUAAAUCUGGCUAGAGUCGCCCAUGCCACGAGGUCGUGGGAG